UUUUUUUCUUUUUCCAGUUCGAGGACCCUCUAUAGACUCCGGAGCCUUUCCUUCCGGAUUCGUGCACAUCGACGCUCAUCUCGCGCUUUCUCACGCCUUCUCAGAUUUCCUCUCCUUCUCCCCCCACCCCACCUUCCCCCUCUCUCUUAUACGGCUCUGAAUAAAUGCUCCGGAUUUUCAAGGAAUUCUUCUGCAAGAUUUCUGUGUACGGUGAGCAUUUGGACAACCAAUUCUGUCCUCUUGAUCCUGCUCCACACCAGAACGAAAAGGACUGGUUUUGAACCCACCUUAGAAGAGGAAAAGAAGUGGGGAUGAUGGAGGGGGACACCUUCUCAGGCCUUGACAAUGGAACCCAAGCGGACAACAAGGUCCUCCAGGGCUUCAAGAAGAGCUUUGUCCAGGUCCAAAGCAUCCUGGAUCAGAACAGGCUGCUGAUCAAUGAGAUCAACCAGAACCAUGAGUCGAAGAUCCCCGACAACCUCAGCCGGAAUGUCGGCCUCAUCCGUGAGCUCAACAACAACAUCCGGCGAGUCGUCGACCUUUACGCCGAUCUCUCCUUCUCCUUUACCAAAUCCAUGGAAGCGUCAUCGGAGGGGGAGUCAGACGGGAAGCCCGGCCACAAGAGAACUAGGCCUGGCUAGAGAAGCAUGACAAAAAGGCAACGCUUUUGCCCACGGCAGCAUGGAACUUGAUAGACUCGCGGAGACACAGAGAGAAGCCGUACUCUGCUCUUCUUCAUAAUAACAGGUGAUUACUUGCCAUGUUGUAAUCCAGCGCAACUCUCAUUGUCUUCUAUCUCAUUCAUAUGAAGCUCUCUGCCUACCUUGUAGACUAUGUUGUUUAAGUGUACCUCUGUUUCUGGUUCUUAUGAGCAUAGCUUUGGUCAUGGAAUCAAGGUCUCUUUAGCUUAAAACUAGGAAAACCUUUUCAUCAUUUGUGUGAGAUGGGUUGUCUGUAAUAAUGAUUUAAGACAGCAGCAACAAAGCAACUAUGGAUAAUUUUUUUUGUCUUCUAA